AUGUCAUCAAAUUCCAAUACUGAUAACAACGAAGAGUUUGUUUGGUAUGAUUGUAGAUUCGUUACUAACCCAGCCGUCCAUGAUUAUUUAUUGGAUUCGCUCAGACCUAAUUUUAAAGAAUAUUUAGAUUACUUGAAAAUUCAUAGAAAAUGUAUAUAUAUAAAGCCGAUACCUUUCUUUGUAUCUCUAAAUCUUAACGAUCCUGUUAAUGUUAUUGUUGCUCAAUUAGUUAGAGAGGAAUUAAUUUGUACCGAAGGAUUAUUUUACUUUUAUCUAAAAGUUCAAAAUGUUGCAUCUCAUAAAACGAUCUUUGAUUUAUUUUCACCACAAAAUAGUACAAAUUGCUUAAAUGAUUUUCCAAUCAUCAUUAUAAAGGUUAUUCCUCGUAGAAAGAACGAAUCAUUCUUUAUUGAUAAUUUGACACGUGCUAAGCACAAUGUCCAUAAAGUUUAUGGUGCAAUGGAUGAUAUCAGAAAUCAUGACUAUAUGUUUUAUCUAUUCAAAGAUAUUCACUUAAAAUACGAGUACUUUGAUCUAAUCGGGCUAUUAACAGUAGGGAAAAACAAACGAGAGAGUAUUCGUUCUUCUGAAAUACGGAAUGAGUCCGUAAUUCCGCCAUUACGAAUUUUGGCAUCGAAAGCAUUCAAAAGAGCAACAGAAUGGAUCACACAAAAGUUGACAGAUUUAUCUAAUGCAUUAACUUAUACUGAAAAUAACUGA